UGUUCUAUCUGUGGUUGUAGCAUUUUUGACAUUUCCGAGUUUCCUAGUUUCGACUAGUAGUUGAACGCGGCUCAAGUGGGGAUCGGGGAUUUCUAUUGGAGAAGCAAUUUCUGCCUAUCUUCAUACUGUACUGUCUUUGACGUAAAUUUGUCUCACCUUGGAUAUGCGGAAAGCUGGAACUUCGAGUUUCAUUUGGUCAAGAGCGGUUGACUUGAAAUUGACCCACAAAAGUAGCUAGCAAGACUGGAUAAGAAGUAGACAAAUUUAAAGAGCGGUCUGUGAGGACUGACAAUCGUGGAAGCGAAUUAAAACAUGUAACGUUAGCUAGCUAAAUAUGUCUUAAAGUGUUCUAUCGAAUCAAUACAACUUUACAGCGAUAGCUAGCUAACGUUAGCCUGCUGUUACUAGCUUGAAGUUGAAAAAGUGGAGAGGAGACGAACGCUUAGCACUAUAUAUAUAUAUAUAUAUAUUUUUUUUUUUAAGUUAUAUUUUAGAAAAGUUAAUAUUACUCCACUGGGAAGUUUUGCUUAUGAGGACUCCGAUUUGGCGUGGCGUUGAGCAGUGAGACCGACCCACCACAGUGAUGUCAACUGAUGCGCUCAACCCUUCCUCUCCCAACCCCUCUGUCUCGUCCAUCUCUCUGGUUGAGAUCAAGGCAGACACUCGUCUGGUGCUGAAAGCUUUCCUCCGCAGCGCACUCUCUAAUCCUUCGGCCGAGCGGCUUGGGACGGUGGGUGGAAGCUACAAAGACCACAACAAGUACAGUGAAAAGGAGUCUAGGAAGCGGCCGGACAAUGGCUGGGACUCUCUGGAUGAAGCAAUCAGCUCAGUGGAGGAGAAGAAACACGGCUUGAAGGACCUCAUUAAGAGACGACUGCAGCCACGGCCCUCCACCCUGCCUCUCCGUCGCUCAGCUAAAGACAGCGGUGCAGACCAGACACAUAAUGGUGGCUCCUUGGAGAAGGACGGAAGACCAAACCGAACCAACCCAGGCCUGCCAGGCUUCUUCAGAGACCAACUCGAGGAAGACAUUAGGUUCCCCUCCACGUCAGAUGAAGAAGGGAACGAUCCGAAACAGCAGAAAAAGUCAAAGAAGUUGAAGAGCCAGCUCUCCUCUUUCUUCAGCAUAAAAAAGAAGCCAGAAAAGGAUAAAGACAAGGAUGAAACGCGUCUUCAGAGGCCAUCCACACUGACCAUCGACGUAGGGCCAGUACCCGGGGUGCCAGUCAUCUCUCCCACUCACCCUCCUGAGUUCUAUGAGGAGGUGGCUGAGACUCUGGACAGGAUUGCUCAGCGGUCCCACAGUAUGAAGAGACCCCAAAGGUCCAGCCCACGACCCAGCCCUGCUACCACCCCGGUCAAACCUCCCCCUGAACCUGACAAAGAAGGAAUGGUGCGCCAGCUGGUCCAGGUACUGUCUAUGGAAGGGGACGCCAUCAACUACAAGAUCCAGUCGGACCCCUUCCUGCGCUCUACACUGAACCGUCUCUCAUACCCGUCCUUCGCCAAGCUCCUGGACACCUUCGCCAGCCAGGAACAGGCCACGCCCUCACCUUUGCCGUCUCCUGCUAGCAGCCCCACGCUGAGACGAGUGGCCGUCACCAUGGAGGUGUCGCGGCGUGUCGUCACGGCGACAGGGAUGCAGCGCAUGCAGGGCUACGCAGAGCGCUAUAUGGAGAACUUUGCCCCCUGGGUGAAGAGCCAAGGAGGAUGGGAAAGUAUUGUCCAGUUGGAAGAGAUUUUGGAGUGCGACUGACAACCCUACACCAUCAAGGCAGCUCGGAAAUCCUCACUACUUCCUUUUAACGGUGAACUCUAAUCUCUGACUAAGGCCUGGAGUUGUUUCCUAUCAGGUCAGGUACAACUCAAGGGCCUUCCUGACAUCAGUCUCUCCUUUGGUGAGAGACUGAGAAGGCAUUAGCUUUUUAUAACUCUACGACACGUGAAUUAUGUCACUUGUAUUUAUGUCUGAGAAUCACGUGUACUUGUACAAUUUAAAAAAAAAUGUUUUUAUCAAUGUUUUUCUAUAAACAUGUUUUACAAAAA